UGCACUGAUUCCUCCCUAGACGCCGAACCCAGCUCUCCGAUUCCUACUUAGUGAGAGCCCUCGUAGAUCUCGUCAUUAUCUGAUUCUAGUUUUUCCGAACAGUGUGCGUCUGUGUAUCAGUUUCGGUAAUGGCUGCUGCAGCGAUGCUUACCGUGGCUGCACCGAGCGCGCAGCUCGCCGCCUCCUUGCUCACUCCCCAGGUCUCCUUCCCCCGCGUCCAAGCUCAGGGUGCCUGGACCACCACUCGCGCCGCACCGCGGCUGAGGCUUGUGUGCAUGGCCACGCCCACUGGGUCGUCAGGCCCCGCGAUCAACACUGACGACAAGGUGGCGACGAAGAUCGAGGACGCGCAGGAGGUUUGCGCGGGUGACAACCAGUCGGAGGAGUGCGCGGCCGCGUGGGACGAGGUGGAGGCUGCUGCCAAGGAGCAGGCCAAGACCGAGGAUCCUAUCGAUAAGUACUGCAAUGACAACCCCGAAGCCGAUGAGUGCCGCGUCUACAACACCUGAGGAAUUUGCCGACUAAACUGCCUUGAAAUCUCGGAAGAUUGGUGACUAGGGCAACCGUGUAGAGCCUCACCUUCCCGUAUUUCGAGCACUGUAGUGUAGUGUUAAUAGAACCUUUCAAUUAAUCUGGAGUUGAUUUCAGAUGAUUUUCCUUCUGUAAUGUAUGAAUAUCUCUCCUGUUUGUUAAAUUUGAAUUUCUGGAGUUCAUUUGCAACUAUGGACCCAGAUCUCAGUUAAUCUUUCUAAGAUCAACAACUUCGCAACAUGUAAUGAAUUAUUGUGUCGUA